AUGGCGCAGACGGCCCCUACCCAAUCUGGCCCGACUCCGGGUUUUCCUCCUCUGGCUUCCAUGACCAGUUUUCCGGCUGCGGGAACGGCUCCACAAACCCAGAUGCCAGGCGCCCCGCCUUCGCCACUUUUCACCCCUCCAGCGGGAUUCCCAGGGUCGAUGCCCGCGAACCAGACUGUCCCGGGCAUGGCCACCAUGGGCAGUUUUGCCGGCGCCAGCAACCCACUACCCAUGUACAACUGGCAUCAGAACAGAAUUCCUAUGGACAACGGCGGCGUGUUCGGCAACUGUUGCGGGGGGGCUCAGAUGGGAGCGGUCAAUGGCGCAGAAACAUACGAACAGGGCUAUGGAGACAACAUGUGGAGGUGGACGAGGGACGGGAAGCUGCAGCUGCGCUGCGGCCAGCCCCUUGUCCCCGUCCCCGUCAUCCAGGAGAUUCACCGGCGCGACAAAAUCAUUGAAGUGCCUCAAGUCGACGUGGUGGACGCUGUGAGACCUAAGGUGUACAACCAGGGGGUCGAGCAUGAGGUUCCUGUCAUGCAGAUUAACGCGGAUCACGAAGAUUUUGAUGUGGAACAGAUCAAGUAUGUCGAGAAAGAGGUCGUGGUCCCUAUCGUGACAGGCUUUACUCAUAAGUUCGUUGCCAAAUGGGACAUUAGAGAGGUCCCGCGUCCCGUCGUUAAGUAUGUUGGUAAGCAAGAAGAAAUCGAAGUGGAGGUGCCGCAAGUGAAGUUCGUCGACAAGGUUGUUGAACACGAAGUCGUCGUUGACACCAUCGAAAAGAAGGUCCCGAAGAUUAUCGAGGUCCCCAAAUACGUGGACGAAGUCAAAUAUGUGUGGACUCCGGUUGAGAAGAUCGUCCACGUUGAACGCUUUGUCCCCGUCUUCGAUGUCUCUCUUGAGUGCCCCGCGCCUCUCAUUGUCCCGUACCCGAUGCAAGCUGUCAAGGAAAUGCCUGCGGUCAUGGUUCGCAAGGAAGUCCCCGACUCAGCCAUCGCAGAGCAAGGCUUCGAUGUCGCCUCUCCUCCAGGCACUCUUCGUGUUUCAGACGAGUACAUCAGAGCCCACAACCAACUCGCCGCCGAGGACGCCAUGAACCUCUGUGGCGCGGGUGCCGUGUGCGGCCCUCCCCAGCAAGGGCGACAAAUGGAAUUUCUCACAGCAGACCAGAUGAAAGAAGUACGCGCGGCUGUUCAGGAAGGAAGAACUUCAGAAGCUUCGAGGCAACUGAAUCGCGGGUCGUCUGUGGCGCAGAUGGGCGCAGAAUCAGAACCCCGCCAAGGAUCGGGAGACGAGAGGCUGUCCGAAAGAACGGAAAGAAGUGCCCGCUCGGGUGAGCAACAGAGGAGCCGAGGCAGCUCUCUCAUCUCUGAAGAUGACGUGCACUGA